AUGCGGGUACACUCAGGAGAAAAAGAGUCUGCUAGUGGAUUUGCGAAUCUCCUACUUGAAAUCGGCAACGGUGAUUACCCGAUAAACGACGGAAUGAUAACCAUCCCUGAUAAUUUGUGCACAGUUGUAUUUACUUUACAGGAGUUAAUAUCCAAAAUUUACCCAUAUAUUGCUCAUAUCCACGAUAAACUAAUGAAAUGGUUGUGUGAACGUGCCAUACUAACCCCGAAAAACGACAAAGCAGCGGUAAUUAACGAUAUACUGUUAACGUCUUUUGAGGGGGAUGAAAUGGUGUACACGUCAAUAGACUCUGUGGUUAACACAGAUGAUGCAAUUAACUACCCUGUCAAAUUUCUUAAUUCACUGAAACCAUCGAGUCUUCCACAUCAUGAGCUUAUUCUGCGCGUGGGCACUCCUGUUAUGUUGUUGCGAAAUUUAUAA